CCAGCCAACCAGCCAGCCCUUGAACCGCGGUGGUGUUCGCGCCGCAUCGUAAUCGCCAGUCAGUCACCGGUUGAACGCCGGAACGGGAACACGCGCGUCCCCCUAGAUCGAAUCCCUUCGGUCGGUCUCUGCAAUAUAUCGUUUGCUAACCCUCCCCACCCCCCUCACGGCGUGCACUGUCUGCAGUCUAUAUCAUAUAGGUUCGCUCGCCCUCCGUCAGUUGCCCGCUCGCUCGUGCUCCCGCUGGUCUAGCCGUGUUCUCGUACUUUUCCGUCGCCUGCGAGCGUGCGUGCUCUCGUCCGCUCCGAUCGUCACGCUCUUCGCUUGGCCCAGCAACAGGAAUAGGUAUAUAAGGAGGGCACGAAAGGGAAAUGGCAAGUUGCAUUGGUGUUGUCGAAUGUUAUAGAAAAUGAAAUACAAUUUCCCCUGACUACACACAUGGAAAACUAACGAAGGCGUAUUGGCACCAGCCGGCGUCUCCAACGUUCAACAAAUUCCUCCUACAAGUCGGUGUCAGGCCAUUUCCUGAGCUUAACCAUAUAUCCGACAAGAUAGGUUGGUCAGACUUCCGGCGAGGCAGCAGUCUGCCAUCGGUGCCGUCAACUGCCGGCACAAUGUUUUCCAAACUCAAGUCGGGCACGUCGUCCGUCAGCCAGGGUGCUCAGGUGUUGUCCACCAACAAUAUCCUCAACCUGUUCGAGGUCGGUAAAUUCGUGUGUUCGGCUGGCCCCGAGCUCAUAUGGAAGGUCUACGAAGGGUUCCGGAAACCGGAUGGAAAGGAGGUAUCGAUAUUCGUUUUCGAAAAAAAAUUGGCUGACAAGCUACACAAACCCAGACGGAAGGAGACGGUGACGGAGAUACUGAAGAAGAGCGUGCACUACCUGGAGAUGCUCAGACAGCCCAAACUCAUACUGAAGGUGGUGCACUCGGUGGAGGACUGCAACGACACGCUCGCAUUUGCCGCCGAGCCCGUGAUCGCCAGUCUGGCCAACAUACUCGCGUACCAGGCGUCCGUCGGUGGCCGGGCCGUCAACGGGCCACCGUCCACCGGUGCGUCCAUCAUCACGGCCACGGCCAUGCCGCGGCCGGCGCACGCGAGGGAGUACAACUUUUUGGACUUUGAGAUCAAGUACGGCAUCAGACAGAUUGCCGAAGCCCUUGAUUUCUUAUCACCUCAAGUCCAUCACCACAAUGUUUGCCCAAGCAGUAUAUUGGUAACAAAAACAGGAACCUGGAAACUUAGUGGUCUGGAAUUCAUUGUUCAGACUGAGGCUAGAGAGCGGAUUACUUGUACUCCGUGGACGUCGAGACUGCCAAAAAUGGCACAACCCGAUUUGGACUAUAUAGCUCCGGAAGUCCAGCUGUCUUCAUAUUGUAGUUCUCACAGCGAUAUGUUCUCGUUGGGAAUGGUGAUAUUCGCGAUAUUCAAUAACGGUCGACCAUUGAUACAAGCGAACCACAGCAGCUCAACGUACAUGAAACAAUUAGAUGUGUUAGAAAAUCAAAUUCACAAUGUAUUGCCCAAACUCCCGGCACAGUUACAAGAAAUGGCGACCAAAAUGCUGAGCAAGGACGUGGAUGCAAGGCCGUUCGUCAAAAAUUUAUUGCACACUCCUUAUUUCUGCGAUCGUUUUGUGGAAACUAUUCAGACAUUGGAUAUUAUAAAUAUGAAAGAUCUAAUACAGAAAUGUCAGUUCUACAAGAUAACACUGAAAGAGUCAUUACCAUUCAUUCCAAAGAAAAUUUGGUAUCAAAGAGUUUGGCCGUUUUUGCAACACGAAAUGUUAAAACCAGACGUAUCAGCAGCUGUUCUACAUCCAGUAAUAUUCUUGAUACAAGAGUCCACUCUUGAGGACUACGAAACACUCAUGUUGCCUGCUAUGAGCAAAAUAUUUAAUGGUCCAAAACACGUUCCUGUGCAAGUGAUACUAUUGGAAAACUUGCAUGUGAUAUUGGAAAAAACGCCAAGAGACGACAUCAGAAAAGAAGUACUCCCUUUAUUGUACACAGCAUUUGACUUUUCGGACAUAGAAGUACAGGUAAGUUGUAAUUAUUUUGGUUAUCUUAAUAACCUAGGUUGUCGCUUAAAUUAAUACACAGGGUGUUUAACAUUAUUAUUUAAACACUAUUUCAAUAAACGUUUACCCA